CAAGCUGCAGGCGACCAGCUGGGAUAACAGCUUCCCAGACAUGUCAGAGGCGCUGAGCGAAGACAAGCAUGCUGUGGCGGCACUCCGACACGAGCUGUUCACCGGCGCGCGGCAGCAGUGCACGCAGCGCGUCGUCUGGGAGCUGAUCCAGCGCAGCGUCAUGCCGGUGAUCGACAAGUCAAUGUGCAGCCUGUACAGCGAGCUGCUGCGUGCACGCUGCCUGGACAGUAGUAUCAUGACCUCACUGGCACCGAUGGUUAGUCAGUCCUCGCUGGACGCGGACAGCGCCACCGACGGCAUCUGGUGCAACAUCCUGGUGAAGCUGCGCACGAUAUUCCUGAUGCUGCAGAACGUGUUCGACACACUCGCCGUCAACGUGCCCUGCAUGGCACCCUACCUGGAGCUGGCAGCCAGCAAGUGGCCAUUGGUCUAUCUGGAGAUCUACUGCCAAGCCAUAGACGGGUACACACUCAACAUCAACGUGACGGGCAGCAGUGCAGCACCGGGGUCGUCAGCCAUGGCGGACACACUGCCAACGUACUCCCUGCAUGCCUACGACAUACUUAACAACCUGGUGCAAGUCCUCAAGACACUGGACGACGUGGUGCAAAAGGAGAUCAUCGUCAGUGAUCAUCCCCGAUGGUUCGACGAGAAGUUCAGCAACCUACUGGGCAGAGAGUUGAAGACACGCGCACUGCAUGACAUGACUGGCCACUGCGACAAUCAGCUCGUGGAGUUUGCUCGGCAGAUCGUGCUGCUGUCGGCGGUACGCUGCAUGCACACAGAAGCAGCAGCAACGACAACAACAACAGCACCAGCACCGUCGCCUGGAGACUGCCUUCAGUGCCUGCCGCGUGACGUGGCCGCCCUGAUGGACUUGCGGCAGCAGGUGGUGAGUGCACACAGCUGGCUUAUCAAGACCAUCACGCACCUGGCGGAGAACGCCGCCGCCUUGCACAAGCUGGACAUGCGCACGGUCGGCUCAGUUCAGGUGCUCAGCGCUAUCUGGCAGGACAGUGACUGGCUGCUGCGUGGCGCCGCGUCGGUCUGCUUCAACGCCAUCAAUGCAGUGCACUGCGUCGAGCGCGCGGCCAUCGUCUGGACCACGGCGCUUCUCUCCACCCUGGCCAGAAACGACGUGGCGGAGCUGAGCAUGCUGAACAGCGUACGCGGCAACCUGUCGACGCCCAGCUUCAAACUGCAGGCGACUGACACGAUCCGGAAGCGGCGAGCACACAAGCUGGCUGCGCUGGAGAACGUACAACAUAGCAUUCCGGCCCUGCUGCAGGACAUGGCCGAGAUGCUGUGUAGCUGGCACAAGGCCAUCGCCUGGGAAAUCAGUCGAGCCGGGACAAUACUACUGGAGCGCGGUGAUCGACUGGCAAUGGAGCAAUCCACCCUGGUACCGACAUGGUCCAUGUGGCAGCGGCACCUGAUACCCGAAUAUACCCCGGAGCACACCACAGAAGAUGACGAUGAUGAUGAGGGUGAUGCAUACGAUGAGUACGACGACAGAAAAGAUGAAAUGCCCAUCGAGGUGGCAGUGUGAUGAGAAACCACCCAUUCCUGAUCAUGCGCAGUUUGUGGAGUGAUGGUUGCUCAUGAUGAACGUGGGCCACGUCACCUCGCUUUUUAUUAACAGUAGCUGAUACGCAUACAUACACACACACACACACACACACACACACACACUCUCUCACACACACAC